AUGAUAGUUAAGUGCUGGAACUGUAGGGGUGCUGCUAGUGAGUCCUUUAGUCGCACCUUUUUGGAAAUUGUAAGGAUUAAUAAACCUGAUAUAGUCAUUCUGUUGGAAACAAGAUGUAGCGGUGAGAAAGCUAGGAAGAUCAUUAGUAAGUCUGGAUUUGAAUUUUAUCAUAUUGAGGAAGCUGUUGGUUUUAGCGGGGGCAUAUGGGUGAUGUGGAAGGAUCCAAAUAUUGUUAUAAGUAUUUUGAAAUCCAAAACGCAAUAUGUUCACAUGAAUGUUAAGAAGGAUUAUGAUGAGGAUUGGUUCCUAACUGCCGUGUAUGCAAGUCCUCGAGAGGUGAAUAGGAGAGAGCUUUGGAAUGAUAUCAAGAUAAUCAAGAAUGGGAUCAGAGGUCCUUGGUUAGUGGUAGGCGACUUUAAUGAAAUAGCAGAUCCUUCGGAGAAGAAAGGUGGAGGUCGAACAGAUGUUGGAGCUUGCAAGAGGUUCAAAAGAUGGAUCGAAGAAUGUAUGUUGAUUGACCUAGGAUCAGUGGGGCCAAAGUUCACUUGGAGGGGACCGCAAUGGGAGAAUCUUGAAAGAGUUUUCAAGAGGCUAGAUCGAGCUCUAGCUAAUGCAGACUGGAGAAUAAAAUUUCAUGAGGCGAGAGUUGAAGUUCUAGCGCGGGUUAAGUCAGAUCAUCACCCCCUCUUAAUAUCUAUGAAGCCCAAAGAUAACCUUGCAAAUAAUAAACCUUUUAGGUUUGAAGCAAUGUGGAGUAGGCAUCCUGAUUUCAAGCAGUUUGUAGAAAGUCAUUGGAGUGGAGCUCAACAUUGGGGGAGAUCCUUAUCGGCACUUGCUGAAAAUUUGAUGGUUUGGAACAAAGAGGUUUUUGGCCACAUUGGCAGACAAAAAAGAUCACUUAUGAGGAGAAUUGGAGGAAUUCAAAAAGCAUCAUCUUAUGGAAGAAACCCUUUUUUGGAAGAGCUGGAGAGAAAUCUGACGAAUGAACUUGAAGAAAUUCUGGAUCGAGAAGAAAUUAUGUGGAUGCAAAAAUCGAGAGAUAUUUGGGUAGUAGAGGGAGAUCGAAACACCAAAUAUUAUCAUACAAAAACAAUCAUUAGAAGAAGAAGAAAUAGAAUUUUAAAGCUUAUGAACUCACAAGGUGAUUGGAUUGAAGAUCAAGAGGAGCUCCGCCAACAUGUAGUGGAAUUUUUUAAAUGUCUUUACAGGCAUGAUAACUCUCUUUCUCCGGUUCUAAUUACCACAAGAUCCUAUCCCAUGCUGGAAGAGGAUAUUAAAAGAAGCUUCAAUUUAAAACCAACAGAAAAAGAAAUUCAAGAUGCACUGUUUGGUAUAGGCUCCUUCAAGGCACCGGGUCCGGAUGGCUUUCCAGCCCUUUUUUUCAAGGAGAAUUGGAGCAUAAUUAAAGGGAACAUUGGGCAACUAAUCCACCUUCUCUGGAGCAUGCCGAGUAUGGUAGAAACUGUCAAUCAAACAUUAAUUACACUCAUCCCUAAGGUGAAAUUACCAGAGACCAUCAACCAAUCAAAGUGCAAAGAAAGAAAAUGCUUAUUGUAG